GAUGUUGAGUGAAACAGACAUGAGAUAGAGCUACUAUUCCAUUUAGAUUAAUGGUGGUUGAUGUUUAGUGAAACAGACAUGAGAUAGAGCUACUAUUCCAUUUAGAUUAAUGGUGGUUGAUGUUUAGUGAAACAGACAUGAGAUAGAGCUACUAUUCCAUUUAGAUUAAUGGUGGUUGAUGUUUAGUGAAACAGACAUGAGAUAGAGCUACUAUUCCAUUUAGAUUAAUGGUGGUUGAUGUUUAGUGAAACAGACAUGAGAUAGAGCUACUAUUCCAUUUAGAUUAAUGGUGGUUGAUGUUUAGUGAAACAGACAUGAGAUAGAGCUACUAUUCCAUUUAGAUUAAUGGUGGUUGAUGUUUAGUGAAACAGACAUGAGAUAGAGCUACUAUUCCAUUUAGAUUAAUGGUGGUUGAUGUUUAGUGAAACAGACAUGAGAUAGAGCUACUAUUCCAUUUAGAUUAAUGGUGGUUGAUGUUUAGUGAAACAGACAUGAGAUAGAGCUACUAUUCCAUUUAGAUUAAUGGUGGUUGAUGUUUAGUGAAACAGACAUGAGAUAGAGCUACUAUUCCAUUUAGAUUAAUGGUGGUUGAUGUUUAGUGAAACAGACAUGAGAUAGAGCUACUAUUCCAUUUAGAUUAAUGGUGGUUGAUGUUUAGUGAAACAGACAUGAGAUAGAGCUACUAUUCCAUUUAGAUUAAUGGUGGUUGAUGUUUAGUGAAACAGACAUGAGAUAGAGCUACUAUUCCAUUUAGAUUAAUGGUGGUUGAUGUUUAGUGAAACAGACAUGAGAUAGAGCUACUAUUCCAUUUAGAUUAAUGGUGGUUGAUGUUUAGUGAAACAGACAUGAGAUAGAGCUACUAUUCCAUUUAGAUUAAUGGUGGUUGAUGUUUAGUGAAACAGACAUGAGAUAGAGCUACUAUUCCAUUUAGAUUAAUGGUGGUUGAUUUUACAGUUCUAAAUACUGACACCAUUUGAAAAAUGUACUUGUGUUUCAGCUGUUGAGGGUCACAGUUAUUUCCACGUGACUUACACCCAUCAGAAGAUCUGUACCUUGAAGGGGACAUCAGUGGACAUAUCCUGCUCUUAUACAUUUCCCAGUGGUCAUACAGUCUCUGAAACAAUCUGGUAUACAAAAGGAAAACUUAAUGAGGCGCCUCAAAUCCUGAGCCCGGGGUAUGGAGGUCGUGUGGAGUACCUUGGAAAUAUGCAGAGUGACUCCAUCCUGAGAAUCACAGACCUGAGAGAGGAGGAUUCAGCUGAGUAUAAGUUUAGAUUCAUAACAGAUCAGACAACCUGGGAGCCCACCUUCCCUGGAACAACUCUGACUGUCACAGGUCUGCAGGUGAAGGUGACUCCUGCCACUGUGACAGAGGGACAGAAGGUGACACUGACCUGUAGCACCACCUGUACUCUGGGUGACAACCCCACCUACGUUUGGUACAAGAAUGGACAUGUAACCAACCAAUCUACCAGUCUGUUCCUAAACCCAGUCAGCAGUGAAGAUGCAGGCAGAUACUCCUGUUCUGUAGAAGGACAUGAGGAUCUCCCCUCUGAUGAAGAAACUCUCACUGUCACAUACGGCCCAAAGAACACCUCAGUGUCAGUCAGUCCCUCUGGUGAAAUAGUGGAGGGCAGUUCAGUGACUCUGACCUGCAGCAGUGAUGCCAACCCACCUGUGGACAAAUACACCUGGUACAAGAAGAACGUAACCUCACCAAAAGCAUCAGGACAGAGUUACAACAUCUCUAACAUCAUCUCUGAGGACAGAGGAGAAUACUACUGUGAGGCCCAGAAUAGAAAAGGAUCUAUGAACUCUACAUCUCUGAUGAUCAUUGUAGCAGGGAAACAGACCUCAGUUCUGACUGCAGCUGUAGGAAUCAUAGUGGUUGUUCUGGUUCUCAUCCUCUGUCUCUCUGGCUUCAUGUGGUUCAGGAAGAAGGCCUCCACAUCCACCUCUGACACAAGAGACACAUCAGAGAAUGUACAGGGAGACUCUAGUCCAGUGUAUGACAACAUCUCAAGCAUGGCCAUGACCCCUACUGCAGCACAGACAGCAGCCACCAACGACCAGGAUGAUGUUCACUACGCCAGCGUCCACUUCUCUGGCUCCAAAAACCAGGAAGUGCCUCUGUACUCCACCGUCCAGCUGCCUCAGUCCCAGAAUCAGGACGAGGAUGUCCAAUAUGCUGCUGUGAAAUUCAGCCGCCCCAGUGCUGCCACCCGGUGAAUGUUUUCUGCCAUUACAACAGAGUCAAUACUAGAACACUGAACUCACAGACAUCAUCAAGGGCAUUCAUAUGCUGCUGUUUAUUGGAAGAGUAGACAAUGAUGUCAUCAAUAAGCAAAACGGUUGACCCCUCGUGACAACUCAUUGUUCCCUGAGAUCUCCCUCCAUCAAUAGUUGAAGCACAGGGGGAUGGUGGAACCUUCAUUGGGGAGGAUGGGCUCGUGGUAAUUGCCGGAGUGGAAUAAGUGGAAUGGUAUAAAAUACAUCAAACACAUGGUUUCCACGUUCCAGCCAUUAUUAUGACCCGUUCUCACCUCAGCAACCUCCUUCAGAACAAAGUGCAUUUCCUUGAACUCAUAAUAUGGUGUAACAAUGGACAUUUUGAAAAGUUGCACUCAGGGUUGGGGUCAAUUCCAUUUCAAUUUAGGAAAAUUCAAAUUCCAAUUGUUCUUCAUUGAAAAGCAUUGAGAAAAGAUGACAUUUCAGUUUCCUUCCUGAAUUGAAAUGUGUUUCUUAAGUGAUUGUUUUAGGACAAUUUCUAGUUGUCUUUAGAAUAAACUUCAGCAAAAAAAAUCUGCACAAGACUAUACAGCUGCACUCUUAUCUGAUUCGAUGUAUGACAUUAACUUGGCAUUGAUAUUGAGACUGUCACGCAUGAUACUAUAAUGCUUAUUUAAUUGCUUAUCUAAAUGUGUUUCUUACUUUUUGUCAAAUGUGAUGAGUGGCCAGUGUUUGUUUAUCCAUGAGAAAAGGUUAAUAAAUGGUUUCAUCCUC